GCUACCCCUCCUGCCUGAAACGCGGCAGGCGGCUUUGAUCUCCUCAGGAAUCUGCCUUUGCGGAGUGCGUGGCUUGAACUUCAGAGCAGGAGGAGGUGGCGGGAAGACGGAACGCCGCCCCGCGCGACGCAUAACGCCCGCUCAGCAACGGAUAGCACCCACUGCCGCCGCUCCAGGGGCAACGGCGAAGGCUCGCCACGCAGCGGAAAGCCAGCCAGCACAGUAGCCCUGAAGUAGCUUGGCGGGGAAGGAACGUCAUGGUGCCCACCGGCUGCCAUACCGACUGCGUGGAGCGCCCCCUAUCGCAUGCGCUUCGGGACCUUGGCGCCUUAGUGGGCGCCCACCCGUGGCCCUUCCUGCUGCUGCCCAUGGCGCUCACAUGCGGACUGGGCACCGGCUUUAUGUUCCUGCGCAGUUGCGAGACCAACGAUAUCGAGGGCGGCUACACGCCGGUCGGAGGCCCUGCUAAGGGAGAGCGGCGUUUUGUCCAGACGCACUUCCCGACGGACGACGCCAAGCACUUCUCUGCCCAGAGGCUGAUCACCGAAGGCGCCUUCGCCUCCUUUAUAGCCGUCGCCCCCGGGAAGAGCGACUCCCUCCUCACUCGAGCAGCCUUCGCCGAGCUGCUGCAGCUGGACGCGGCGGUGCGGAGAAUCGCAGUCCAAGGAAGCUCCUUCGCUAACCUUUGCGCGCGCUGGAAUAACACCUGCAGCAGCCCCAACCCUCUCCUCAGCGCAGUGCAAGGCGACCCGGCAAGGGUAGAGGCGCUGCUGCCCGCCCUCACUUUCCCGCUCUUCCAAGGCCGUAUUUUCCUGGGCUUCUUUCUUGGGGGCGUCACGUUGGGCCCCGGAGUCGGACCGGCGCGCCCCGUCCGGGCAGCCAAAGCGCUGCGCCUCAUCUAUUACUUGCAGGAAGAUGAAGUUUCGCGGCGAGAGGCCAGCGCACUCUGGCUGCAGACUUUCCUGGAGCGCAUCCCGGGCGAGCUGGACUCCUUGAACCUCGCCUCCAUCCGGGUGGCCUAUUUUACCUCAGUAUCCAGACAGAAAGAAUUUGAAAAACUUACCAAAGAAGUGAUCCCAUUGGUGUCUGUAACAUAUUUUUUAACAAUAUUCUUUUCAGUUAUAUCAUGUUCAAGGCUGGACUGCGUUCGGACAAAAAUUUGGGUAGCAGCUUUUGGGGUACUCUCAGUGGGCUUAUCUGUCGUCAGCAGUUUUGGAUUACUGAUGUUUUGUGGGGUGCCAUUUGUUAUCACAGCUGCAAAUUCACCCUUUCUUAUACUUGGGGUUGGGGUUGAUGACAUGUUCAUCCUGGUGUCCUGCUGGCAGCAGACUAAAGUGAAGGACAGUGUUAGAGAUCGGAUGGCUGACACCUACGCAGAGGCGGCCGUCUCCGUUACCAUCACCACUCUUACCGACGUUUUAGCCUUCUACAUUGGAAUUGAAAGUUCCUUUGUGUCAGUUCAGUCAUUUUGCAUCUAUACAGGCACAGCUUUCAUCUUCUGCUACUUAUACAACCUGACAUUCCUUGGGGCAGUUCUUGCUUUGAAUGGUCAAAGAGAAGAAAGCAACAGACACUGGCUCACAUUCAUGAAAGUGAUGGAUAAGCCUCAGGAUUCUAAGGGCCAUACGUAUAAUAUUUGCUGUGUAGGAGGAUCUUUUGAUGAGUCCACUGGAGCAGAGAUUGAGCAUCCCAUGAAUGGAUUCUUUAAAAAUUACUAUGGUCCUUUCCUUAUGCACACAUGGACCAAGGUGUUUAUUGUAACCCUGUAUCUUGUGUACCUGGGAAGUAGUAUUUAUGGGUGCAUUCAAAUUAAAGAAGGUAUAAAGGUUGGAAACCUAGCUACAGAUAAUUCUUAUGUCAUUCCGUAUUACAACCUGGAAGAACAGUAUUUUUCUGAGUAUGGUCCAAGGGUCAUGGUUAUUGUGAAGAAAAGUGUAGCAUACUGGGAUUCAGCUGUCCGUGUGGAUCUUGAGACCUGCAUGCAGUUGUUAGAAAACUCAUUCUACGUAAACAAGGAUUUCUCAGAGUCAUGGUUAAGAGUUUAUCAAAUUGUUUCAAAAAACAGUCAUUUAAAUUUAGAUGACCGUAGAACCUUUAUUAAAAACUUAAGUGUCCUUUUUAGAAUAAAUCCAGAGUUUGAGUGGAAUGUGAAUGUUAGUGGCACAGAAAUACCGGUGUCAAGAUUUUUCAUACAGACUGUCCAUGUUACUACUGCAGUAGAUGAGAAAAAACUUUUAAACGAACUUAGAAGCAUUGCUGAGGAUUGUAAGAGACCGCUAAUGGUUUAUCAUCCAGCUUUUGUAUACUUUGAUCAGUAUAUUGUGAUUGUUCAUAACACUAUUCAAAAUGUUAUGAUUGCUGCUGGCGCCAUGUUACUCAUUUCCUUGCUUCUCAUUCCCCAUCCUCUUUGUUCUUUGUGGGUAACUUUUGCCAUUGCAUCUGUUAUCGUUGGUGUGACUGGUUUCAUGGCCUACUGGAAUGUCAAUCUUGACUCCAUAUCCAUGAUCAACCUUGUUAUUUGCAUAGGGUUUUCAGUAGACUUCUCUGCUCAUAUUUCUUACGCCUUCGUUGCCAGUGAGAAACCCAAAAUGAAUGACAAGGCGGUGGAUGCUCUGUACCGCCUUGGCUUCCCUAUUCUGCAGGGAGCUGGUUCCACUAUUGUGGGAGUGCUUGUGCUGUCCGUGGCAUCCACUUACAUCUUUAGAACCUUUUUUAAGAUAAUGUUUCUGGUUAUUUUUUUUGGAGCUCUUCAUGGUCUCAUUUUUAUUCCUGUGUUUUUAACGUUCUUUGGGUUUUGUGGUAGGUUGUCAAACAGACAGAACCAAAACAAUGGCCAGUGCUGUGAGAAUUCACCCAGUAUUGAAUGAAUUCAGUUGUUAGAAGGAAACAUUAUGGAAUUACUUAUUGUCAGUGUGGAAAAGUAGACCAAAGUUACCUCAGCUUAAAGGAGAUCCAUAUUUCCUGUGAAAUACAAAGUCUUUGUAAUUUGAUAACUUGUUAACUCAGAGAAGUAUGUUCACUUGUCCCUUGCAUUCCAGUCAUCUAAUCUUUAUUUUUAUGUUAUGCUAAUAUACUGUUUUGACAUAGAAUUCCCAGUUAAAAUAUGUCUAUGGUUAGUUAGAAAACCUCAAAAACAUUGCAUGCCUAUUUGGGAAGCAUACUUUGGUCAUUUGCCGAUAAAUGUAGUACACCCAAAAUAAACUAGCAUGAGAUUUCUCAGG